GACUUGUUCACAGUAGAGGCGAAAUUCAAGGAGUCUGUGUUUGAGAACUACUACGUCAUCUACUCAUCGACGCUGUACCGGCAGCAUGAGUCUGGCAGGGCCUGGUACCUGGGCCUCAACAAGGACGGCAUGGUCAUGAAGGGCAACCGGGUGAAGAAGACCAAGCCCUCCUCACACUUUGUGCCCAGACCCAUCGAAGGUGAGACCGAAACACCCUCUGGCUGCCAGCCAGCCACACUCAGGGCUGGAUUCAAAUGCAACACCUGCCAAAAGUCAAGUCAAGGUUUAUUUAAAAUGCCAGAGUCAUAACACACUUUUACAAGCCAUAGCUGUGUUAAUGAAGUGUCUUUGUACUUUGUUUAUAAAUUACCCAGCAGGCCAAAAUUGUCAUGAGACAUUAUAAUGACAUAUUCUGGUUGGGGUAAUGUCAGAUUGCCAGAUUACAAGAAUUAUGUUUGUUUGAGAAGACCUCAAUGUGUGUUUGAUAGAUUUGAGUCCUCAGACACAGGUACCCAGAUAAUUCAUUAAAGUUUGAGAAGCUAAAUAACUUUCUUGGUACUGGGAGGCAGGGUUGGGGUCAAUUUUAUUUGAAGUCACGCAAUUCAGGAAGUGAUUUGAAAUAAAUAGCUUCUCCUUUUCAGUUUAUUGAGAAAUCAUUGAAAAUGUAUGCCCUUUUUUCAAUUAUCGAAUUGGAAUUUCAGUUUAUUUCAUGAGUUGACUGACUUCAAUUCAAAUCGACCCCAACCCUGCUGGGGGGCAAAUGUAGGUUCUAAUGUUGCUGAACCUCUCAAUUAAUCUCCUCUGUUUUUUGUCUCUCUCUCUUACUUCCUUUAUCUCUCUCUCGUCUCGGAGGCUCGACCAGCUCGCUCUCGCUGAGAGAGCUCGCUAAUGCUGCUUGGUCGGCUGCUCUCGCUCGCUAGAUAGCGCGUGCUCUCUCUCUAGACGCGCGCUCUCUCUCUCUCUGCUCGAUUCUCGCGGCUCUCUCGCUCUCUUAUCUCGCUCUCCUCUCUCUCGCUCUAUUCUCCCCAUAUCUCUUUACUAUACUGUAUAAAUAUCCCAUCUCUCUCACUCCUCUUCGCUCUCUACCUCCCUCCCUCUCUCCAUCGCUCUUUUUUUCUCACUUGCCACACUCCCCUGCCCUUUCUGCAGUUUGCAUGUACAAAGAGCCAUCGCUGCAUGACAUCGAGGAGAAGGGCCGCUCACGGAAAAACUCAGGGACUGAGGCUCCCGCUCUCCUGAACGGAGGAGAAAAAGUGGUGGGGCAGGACUCCACAGAGCAGGAUGGCGGCUCAUAG